CAGCUACUACUAUUUGGUGAACUAUAUUUUCUACAAACAUGGUACUAAGAGUGAACAUCGCGCAAAUAGAACCUGCAACGCGAGAUUGGAUUUGCAAAGUUCAAAUUGUCGAAAUAGGCCGCCCACGAGAAAGCCUUGACAAGAAAUGUACAUUCCAAAAUUUGAUUUUGGAAGAUGAAGAGGAAUGCCAAAUUAAGGCUGUUAUGUACGCUGACGAAAUUGACCAGUAUGCAUCUACACUCAAACUCUUCCAUACCUACCUGAUCUCUACUGCAAAAGUGAAAAUCCCCCCAGCUUCAUACGGCAAGCCCAUACAUAAAUUCUACUGGAUUCUUGACAAAGAAACAGUUAUUGAACAAAUCAAACCAUCUCAUGAACUUGAAAAACCACUUCCACCCCCAACAAAGCUGAAUAUCACAACCUUUGACCACAUUCCUCAUCUGAUGGUUGAUUCUGCUGCUGAAAUAGGUAUAUCCACUGUACUACCUAUUAUCAGACUAAAAUAUAUAUCUGCGCUGCUGUAGAAGAGUUCCAACAAUUCUUUAUAUAUUACAUACGCAGAUAUAUUGGCAAUUGUUCUUCAUUGUGGUCCUCAAAAAAACGCCGGUCGCAGUCAUCAUAGGUGUCGAGAAAUUACCCUUUGUGACAAUCAG